AUGAUGGCAAAAAAAAAUUGUAACAAUUUGGUCUGUCCUGUAUAUAACGCAAUGCCACAAUUUUCUUAUUUUGCAUUUAUGAUCGUUGAAAUUUAUAAUUCAAACCAUUAAUAAUACUCUCUUCUUUCUUUGUCUACUUCAUCAUAUUUGUUAAUACUUAAAGGACAUAAUUCAUCAUCAUCAUGGCAUCUAAAGCAUAUCUCGAAAGAGCUCAAACUAUAAUCAAUGAAAACCCUUACUUAAUGUUAUCCAAAUCAUGGUGUCCUGAUUGUCAUUAUACUUAUAAAGUAUGGGAUGAAUAUAAAGUUCGUGAUAAAGUUCAUAUCAUUGAAUUAGAUAAAUUAGCCGAUCAAGAAGAUGCCGUUAAGUUAGAACAAGCAUUUACUGAAAUUGCUGGUAGAAAGUGGGUUCCAACUAUUUUCUUUAACGGUAAAAGGUUAGGUACUGAAGCUGACUUAAAAGUUUGGAAAAAGGAAGGUAAGUUAGAUCAAAUCUUCAAAGAUGCAAAGUUAAUCUAAGUAAGAUCGAAAGAUUUUAUAUGAUAUAAUGGAAAGUGUAUUUUUUGAGUUUUUUCUAAUUUACCGAACGAAACUAGCU